AUGGGGGGUCUCGUUAUUCUUCCAUUCAGUAGAAAUGUGAUCCUUCUCAUGACUUUACUCUCAGUGGCAAUAUGCACGAGUGAAGGUGUCAAAACUCAUGUUCAUAUGACCAACGAUUUGGGAACAGGAACGGAUCUUACGGUUCAUUGCAAGUCCAAGGACGACGAUCUUGGCAUCCAUGUGGUGGCUCCGAAUGGAAGCUAUGGAUUCCGGUUUGCGCCGAACAUUUUCGGCGGCACGCUUUUCUUCUGCCGUAUGGAAUGGCCCGGCAAUUCCCAUUAUUUUGAUAUUUAUGUUCAGAAAAGAGACAGACAGCUGGCAUUAGACGAGGGGCUGAAGCUGCAAUACAAUUUGAAUAAAGGGGAAGAACUUGCAAACAGCAUAGCUGCAAGGGUCAUUGUGAAGAACAAUACUGUGAAGGGCUAUGACGAAGGAGACUAA